GAUUUCUCGCGUGCAGUCGCGAAUGGAGUUCUAACUCAAAGCAGAUGGGCAAUUUAUAUACAUGCUUUGUACGUGUAAACACGCUUCUCAGUAAACUGAUAGCUGGCGUCAAGGAGAGGUCCUAACAGCCCUACCACAGCGCUACAGUUUGUCGAUCAACUCUAAGCAAGCGUAAGGACUGGUAAUAAUUUGUAUGGACUCUGGAUGAUGGCCGGUGAAUGUUAUUUGACAAGUAUACGUCUCACAGUCAUCGUGUUUGCCAUGUUGGUAUCGUUGACAUUGGGAUUUUUUGGCCAGAAACCACGUGUAAAGGGUGAACGCAUAAUUUUUGUCGAGGUUGAAGCAGAUGACACCGCUCGUCUAAAGCCGACGUUACGAAGCUUCAAGAAAAAAUGGAAAGUUUUUUGGUACAAGAACAACACGCUCAUCCGAAACCGAAAAAAUAGCAAGAAAUAUCGUUUUAAAAAUCACUUGCUAAGAAUCAAGCACGUCAGUAAAGACGAUGCUGGCUUGUAUAAAUGUGUCAUCAAAAAUAAAUUUGGGAAUGCUAGCCAAUUGUUCAAUCUUACUGUUGGCGGUGAACCACCAGGAAUCAAGGGACAGGGUCCUCCUUGGUUCCCAAAGUCCCCACCUAAGGAACAGUUCAUUGCAUGGCCAGCAUCAAAUGACCUAAAACUCCGAUGUCCCGCCGACGGUGAACGCCCACUUAGAUACCAAUGGUAUAAAGAUGGAAAGCCGCUGCAACAUCGGCGGUUGGAUGCUAGCUUCAAUAGUACAAGAUGGUAUUUGAGAAUAAAAAUGUCCGUACUUUCUGACAACGGUUUAUACACGUGUCUUGUGACAAACAAGCUUGGGAAUGCAAGUCGGAAAUUCAAAGUGCAAAUUCUUGAAAAAGCACAGGUCGCUCCUAUAUUAUCAGAUCAGUAUCCUAAGAAUUACACAAAAAAGAUUGGAUCAAAUGUAACAUUUCAGUGCAUUGAGCUCGUCAGUCCAAUUCUAACGGACUACAGAUGGUUGUUUUGGAAAGGUGGUAGCUAUCCAAAUUUGCAAAUGCUAAAGGACCUUUCCUCGUAUAAUUCAACGUACUUCAAGAUGAUAAGCCCGCUUCAGUACCAAUCGUUUAAAGUUAAAAAUGCGGCUGGCAAAUAUGGUGGAAGAGUAUUGCUUACCAACGUUACAAAGAAAGAUCAGGGAUGGUACACAUGUUUGAUCAGUAACAACCUAGGCAGGGGAUGGCGAACUGCACACUUGACCGUGCUCACUGAGAAGGAAUGGGAUGAUAAGUUUGUUGUGAAAAGAAAUCCUACAACUGCACCAGCAAAGAGAAGCAAUUCCAACGCGAUAGGAGAGAGCAGUAUUAUAGCAAUUUCAGUGCUUGCUGUUUGCAUCUUAAUCACUUUCAUCAGUGUCAGCAUUGGCAUCGUAUUUUACAAGCGGAAACUAUCGAAGAAAGUUGUUGAGAAGGUGUUGUAUUCGCGUGGUUUUGAUUUAUCCAAGGAAAGCUCUAGUGUUUUCGUCGGUCAGCAAGAUUCGGUGAAAGUGUUUGGUCUGAAGAGGAACGGGCGAUUGGAGUCGAGUAGUUCGACUAGUUCAACGAUGCCUUUGAUGCACAGACAGAACAGUUACCGAACUAGAUUGCCAUCAAAUAUUGACGCGGACUUGAACGAAGGCGAGUUUGAACUUCCUUAUGACGAGGAAUGGGAGAUUGAAGAGUGUCAGCUUGCAAUCAAGGACGAGAUUCUUGGCGAAGGAGCCUUCGGGUUGGUAAUGAAAGCCGACGCAUUUGAUCUGCCUGGACAUCCAAAAUGCCACACAGUUGCGGUCAAAAUGUUGAAAAAUGAUGCGACCGAAGUGGAGCUUGCCGAUCUCGUCUCCGAAAUGGAAACAAUGAAAAGGAUCGGCAGUCACAAGAAUAUUAUCAAUUUUCUUGGCUGUUGUACGCAGAACGGGGCAUGCUUUCUGUACAUGGUCGUUGAGUACGCACCUUAUGGCAAUCUUCGUGAGUUUCUUCGAAAUCGCAGACCUGCAGUGCUGAACGCAAGAUUACCAUGCGAUCCUAACAGCAAUCUGGCACCGGUCACGACAAGAGAUUUCAUAUCAUUUGCUUUUCAAAUCUCGAGAGGAAUGGAACACUUGGUUGCAAGAAAGUGUAUUCACAGAGAUUUAGCUGCAAGAAAUAUAUUAGUUGGUGAAGACUACGUCAUGAAGAUUGCAGACUUCGGAUUGGCUCGUCACACGCGCAUGGAUUACUACAGAAAAACAACCGACGGAAGGCUGCCAGUAAAAUGGCUUGCCAUCGAAGCACUAUUUGACCGAGUUUAUACCAUACAGAGCGAUGUGUGGGCGUUUGGUAUUCUUCUAUGGGAGAUAUUCACACUAGGUGGAUCACCAUAUCCCGGGAUUCCAGUAGAGAAAUUAUUCGAACUCUUAAACAACGGUUACAGGAUGGAAAAACCAGAAAAUUGCCCUUAUCAAAUCUACGAAAUGAUGUUGAAAACGUGGAGUGAAAAUCCUUCACAUCGACCAUCAUUUGCCCAGUUGGAACGUGAACUUGAAAAGAUGUUAUCAAGCCUUACCAACCAGGAAUAUUUGGAUAUUUUGCCCGCUAAUACGUCGCGCAAAGAAGUCGAAUCAUUGUCAUCUGAUUCUGGCUGCAGUGUUAUCGAAAGCAAUGAAGAACAAAAACCAAGUGCCAAAGAUGCAUCUGUAUAGCGGCAUCGCCGCCAUUAUGAAUGAUGAGAAAAGAACUGCGACCCGCAAAUGUUGCCGGGAAUGCUCUCAGGCUCUUGCCAUUGCCGUUCUCCAUUCCCGUGAACACCCGCGGGAAAUCUUGAUGGUUCUCCAUUCUUUAAUUGGAUGGUAUGUAUGACGAUCAUGACCUUGCAAUGGGAGCUAUGUAUAGACAAAGAAAACAGGAUUUAAAUGCUGUAAAUAAUCAUGGAGAGGGUUAUAGUUUACCAUAGAGCGUUUGCAUUCACGGAAUACGAUGCAAGAUGUAGCCCGAUUGAUUGCAAAUCAAAGGCCCGUUUCAAACGUCGCAUUUGACAUGCGCCGAAUGCAUUUAAAACAAUAGAAAAUGAGAUAAAAUUAUUCAUUUUUUUGUUUUAAACGAACUCGGCUCAUGUAAAAUGCGAUGUUUGAAACAAGCCAAAGAACAAAUUGGGUAUUAAAUGUAAAUGUUUUGUCGUGGUUAAAAUUAGCUACUUCGAAUAUGUAAUUUCUGUAAAUAAUGACAUUUUAUUGUUAUAAUCGUUAUUGUCAACGCUUUUCAAUGUAAAAUUUUGUAUGAAAUAAUGUCUUAAAUAAAAAGGAAAUCGCUAUCGA